UCCGACACUCUUCCCUCCUGCCAUAGCAACGAUGGACGGCGCCGGGAGGAGGAGGAGGACGACGACGGCGUGCGUGACCGGCGCGGGCGGCUUCGUGGCCUCGUGGCUCGUCAAGCUGCUCCUCUCCCGCGGCGGCGGCCGCUACGCCGUCCACGGCACCGUCCGUGACCCCGGCGACGCCAAGAACGCGCACCUGGCGGCGCUGGACGGCGCCGCGGAGAGGCUGCGGCUGUUCAAGGCCGACCUGCUGGACUACGGCAGCAUGGCGGCGGCCAUUGCCGGCUGCGACGCCGUCUUCCACGUCGCCUGCCCCGUCCUCGCCAACCACACCCCCAACCCCGAGGCUGAUUUAAUUGCCCCUGCUGUGACUGGCACGAUGAACGUCCUGAAAGCUUGCUCCGAAGCUAAGGUCAAGAGGGUUGUGAUGGUGUCCUCCGUCGCUGCCGUCAUGGUGAACCCCAGCUGGCCGGAAGGCAAGCCCAUGGAUGAAGACUGCUGGUCUGACGUCGACUACUGCAGAACCACAGAGAAUUGGUACUACCUUUCCAAAACACUGGCAGAGCUUCAGGCCUUGGAUUACGCAAAGAGAAGCGGACUAGAUGUCGUGACAGUCUGCCCGUCCUUGGUGAUCGGGCCCUUGCUGCAACCUACGGUGAACGCGAGCAGUUCGGUCAUAGUUGAUUUCUUGAAAGGUGAUAAUGAGGUAAAGAGCAAAAUCAGAAACUUCGUGGAUGUUCGAGACGUUGCCGAUUCUCUCAUCUUGGUGUAUGAAACCCCAGAGGUCUCCGGACGUUAUGUAUGCAGUUCACAUGCAAGCAAGGUCUCUGAUGUCAUUGACCUGCUGAAGGGCAUGUAUCCUGCUUACAAAUUUGCCAACAAGUUUGUCCAAGUGGAUGACGAGCCCUCAUUUAGUUCAACGAAGCUUGAGAUGCUGGGCUGGAAAAUCAAGCCACUUGAGGAGACCCUCAGGGACAGUGUCGAAUCAUACAAGGUUGCAUCUGUCCUGGAUUAAGCCAACAAUAUUUAUGCAUUUUCUUUCAUAAGCUUGAGAUGCCGGUGGCAACAAGUCUGGCUUUUGUUCAUUUUGUAAGUUGAUGUCAGCCUUGGUUGUUUUGAGCUUCGUUUGAACAAAAUUUAGCUAUCGGCAUCAAAAUGGUAUAGUACUAGGAGACGCUCCUUCAUGUGCACAAUGUAGAAAUCAGUCCGGGCAAAGUAUGUUCUUGCACUUAAUUUACUCUUCAUAUAUUAAUGGCAUUGCUAUAGUUUAGUGAUACACCAUUUUUCUGUGCAAACUAAAGUGAUUC